CGUGUCUCCAGUGACGCUGUGUGGCUGCAUCAGCGCAUGGUUGCAACGCGACAGUUCGCAGAGCCGUUUUUUCCUCCCGUUAUUAUCACAGUGGGUCUAACGUACGCGCCACAAUGGAGACCAAACCGGUCAUCACCUGCCUGAAAACCCUCCUCAUCGUCUACUCCUUUGUCUUCUGGAUAACAGGAGCCAUCCUGCUGGCAGUGGGAGUAUGGGGGAAGUUGAUGCUGGGCCCGUAUAUCUCUCUGAUAGCCGACAACUCCACCAAUGCCCCGUACGUCCUCAUCGGCACUGGGACUGUCAUCAUCGUGUUCGGCCUGUUUGGAUGCUUCGCCACUUGCAGAGGGAGCCCAUGGAUGCUGAAGCUGUAUGCCAUGUUCCUGUCACUCGUCUUCCUCGCUGAGUUAGUUGCUGGGAUCUCUGGAUUUGUGUUUCGUCAUGAGAUAAAGGGAACCUUUCGCAGGACGUACACCGACGCAGUCCUGAACUACAAUGCUGAGGAUGAAGCGAGCCGUGCCGUUGAUAACCUGCAGCACAGGCUGCGUUGCUGUGGAGUGUAUAACUACACUAGUUGGUUCGGCAGUGUGUAUUACCCAUCCAACGGUAUUCCUGCCAGCUGCUGCUUCAACGCCUCCGACUGCAACCCAGACGACCUCCGCAAUACAACUCUAGCCCCGAGCAAGGUCUACCACCAGGGCUGCUACGAGCUGGUCACUUCAUUCAUGGAGACCAACAUGGCCAUUAUCGCAGGAGUGACGUUUGGGAUCGCCUUCUCACAGCUGAUUGGCAUGUUGCUGGCCUGCUGUCUGUCCAGGAUCAUCACAGCCAAUCAGUACGAGAUGGUUUAGCUGAUGUGACGUGGCAGGGAGAUGAAGAGAAGAAGAAACAAAGAGCCUUGACACAUGACGAGUAAAUUCCCAAAACACUAUCACAUGCCUGAAUUGGAAUUUACCUCCCUCCGUCUCUCUGCCUGUGAUCUUAAUGUAAUAUCUUAAUGUAUCUUACUGUAAAGCACCAUUCCACGACUCACUGCUGUUGCAUCAAAGCGUUCUAUACCACACAUCCCACCGCUGCUUGAUGUAGAAGUUGCUCAUUGGCACAUAUCUCGGAUCAGUACAGCCUGCACGGAGCAGGUAGACCAGAGUUGUCAGUGGUGUUGGUCUCAGAUAGGUGAUUGGGUGAAACUUAGCUUCUCAGUUGGCUGCAGCAUGCUCCACUGACCGUCAUCAGAAGACCACUGCACACCUUUGUACAGAAUGACAUUACUAAAGCUUGAAAGUAAUACUUUAUUAGAUAGGUUUAGUUUUGCAUUUGACUUUGCUAUUGCUCACCAUUGUAUAUUCCUAUGGUUGUGAUAUUUUGUGAGCUGAUAAUGUGAGCUGGAGACUGAAGAGGAUGUUUUAAGUUUCUAGGAAAAACGAGGAAGCUAACAAAGGAGAGAAAAGUUUUAUUUUUACCUGUAGAUGAGGCACUAUAUUUUUUUGACCCAAUCAUUUGCCUCGAUAGCAGAUUAUGAGAUAAAUUAGAUGUUAAAAUUGUAAUUUACUUUACUGUCAAACUCUCUGAGUAACUUAAAAUAGUGCUAAAAUAAGUGCCCUAAUUUAACUAAAUCAAUCUUUGUGGGGAAAGAAAUCUAUUCAUCAAGCAAAACAGAUAAGGUCAGUUGUGGAGCAAAUCUGUUACAGUGUUGGCUGAAGGCCGGGUCACACCAGAUGUUACAGUAUUUCUAGCAAGUUCAGUUUAUACAGAAGAUGGAGGUUUAACAUCAUCUCCUGUCUCAUAACUGUCUGCAUGCCCAUUUUGUGAAGCAGUUUAUGCUCCGUGAGAGGAGGGAAAAUAAAAACAGAUGAUGCAACACUGCUAAUAUAGUACAAUAGUUUCCUUAGUGUUGGCACUGUCGUGCCACUGUUGUUUCCCUAAAGCUCAGUCCUGGUAAUAUACUCGUUAAGAUGUCUUGUUAUUGGUCCCAAAUUUGCUCGUCAAAGCUCAGCAAAGUUGAACUCAAUGCAGAUUUACUAAAUGGGCUUUCACAUCAGGGACCCAGGCCUGGGUACAGAUCAGUCGUUCCUAACAUGAAAAUGCCCUUUGUGUAGUUUUCAUUGAAAUGAUUUGAUCUCACCACAAAAUCUAGUUUUACAUCCUGGUGUGACCCACGCAUUUAAGGCUCUCAAUUACACUCAGUUAUCUUUAAAGGAGCUCUGUAUGUUAUUUAGAGCUUUAAUAAAGCAGCAAACAACUACUUGUUAAGAUGAAGGAGUAAUGGCACCCUAAGAAGAGAAUGAGGUCACUCUGCCUUUGUGUGUGUUGUAACCUGAGCUUCUCUGUCGUUUGUUGUGGUGGACGGUCCGAUGAUGUGAGUCUCUGCACUCCGCUUAUACGGUGGUUACCACUGAUAACAGAAUAACGUCGUCAGUAAAGUAUAGUGCCGCGGCUGUGGUUCCCCCCAUGAUAACACUUUUACACUGCCUGUUUAAGGUGGGAAUGUCCCGCUGUUAUUUCUCCUCGCCAUUCUGUAUCGAAAGAAUGGGGGGACAGAGUUGUCUCACUAUUAAGCCAGCUGCAGAGGUAGUAACGGCGCCAAAUCAAUAUCUGUGUGAAAGGCCGGCAGGGCGGGGCAGGUGUGACGUUCUGACAAUGUAUUAUGUGUGCGACCCACCACUGAAAGAUUUAGGACGCAGCUAGCAGCAGUUAGCAGCUAACUCAAAGAAGAGGAACAGAAACUAAAAAUUAGAAAGACAGUGAGGUCCUGGAGCUCCUUUCCCUCCAAGCAGAGGACGAAAUCAGCUGCCACAUAACAGGGACGCUAAUUGAUUGUUACCGCCAUGUUAUGCCAUUCUUAAUUUUGAAAAAGCGCUGCUGGACGGAUAUGUUAUGUGUCACACAAGAGGCUGACGCUGUUGUGUUACAUGCCAGCACACUAUCUGGAGCAGCAUUAUGCCGGCAUUGUUUGUUUCUGUGUAAAAAAAAUCAAAGUAGGCACAAUGAAGGGUCUUUGUUGCGGUUCUAUCGCAGAAUCUCUUUGUGAAAAGGGCUACAGUUAGCUCUGUCAGCACUGUUGCUAUUUUUAGUACUGCUUGUGCUAACUGCUAGCUGCUGGCUGAACCACCUCCAUCUUGAGAACCAUGUGUAGACCUCUGUAUCAUAGAUAUGCUCGGAAUAUCGUAUAGAGCUCCUUUAAGGUUCGUAUUCUACUAACAAUGUAGAUAUUAUGAGGUGUCGUCAAAAGGGAAAAGUGGUUAUAGCUGUUUUGGAUGAAAAACACUGAGAGGGAUGAGAUAUUGUAAUCAUACAAACAGGGACAGCAGUUUCUGUCCAGAGGCAUUUAUAGUGUUAACGCCUGUUUGUCACAUGAAAAGUGACGGAUUCUGUAGUGGGAAUAUGCUCCUGAGACCUGAACUUUUGUUUGGUAUACAUUUUUAAUUUCUUCGAGCUAUUUGGAAACAGUAGGACCUGAUAAGUAUAAAAAAGUAGAUAUUGUCAACGAUGAUAAAGUCUAAAUGUCCUCAAACAAGAUGAUAAUAAAGUCCCAAUGUCAUCAAAGGAGUACUUCCUAAUUACUAAUUACUGUUGCUAAAAUUGGUCAAAUUUGUUGCCAUAUUAAACUACAAACAUUAUUAAUCAUAAAUAUUGGCUGCAGACUGACUUGGCAGAAAUGGCUUCCAUCUUGUUUUUACAUGAAAUGGUGUAUUGUGUUCUUGCUACUACCAGAUGGCACAAGAAAGUGUCCACGGUCUAAGUUAAGAAGAAUGAAGUAUAAGGUCAAGUAAACCCAAAAUGUGAUGUCCUAAUAUGAGGACACAGGGUCUCAGGAGGUUAUUAAAGAAGUGAGAUUGAGAGACAAGGUUAAAUCCUGCCAACUUUGACACACCUCCACACACACCUGGGCAAUCUGUGUAAAAUCUGCUGCUUGCUAACCUAAAGGCACUUAAUUUUAAGCAUACUGACACUUAAGUCAUGUUUCAGUGCUUGUCUUUCUGGUUUAUGUAAAAGAAAUUGACUAAAGUCUGAAAUGUCAGGGCUUAUCUUCAAAGAGCAACUUAGCACCAGCUGAAAAUAUUGUUUUUUCUGGCCUCUGAUGGUUAAAGUUCUCACCUUGUUGCAGUGUAUGUAUGAUGUAGAGGUUUUCAACCAGAAGUGUUUCAGUGAAACAAAGAUUUUCAGCCUGUUUGUUGAUAUCAAAUCAUAUCAGUUGUUUUCUCCUGGUGGACUAUAACGCCAGCUGUGUUAAAGUGAGAAAAGUCGCCGUUUGAGACGCAAAAGGACUGCAACAGUUUUCAGCUAGUAUUUACAGUAUCCUAUGUAGUGCAUCAACACGCCAUCAUCAUCAUCAUCAUCCUCAUCAUCACCUGUAGAUAUUUAUUGGAAAUGUAAUUUAUAUGAUGUAAUGUUUCUCAUACUAAUAAGCUAAUCAUAUAAAUGUCGUGUCACAGUUUUGAUUCCGCACUUUGUGCUGUUAACUUGUAUUUGUUUGAUAGUUUAUAGGAAACUCGCACUGGAAAAAUAAUUGUGGCCAAUGUUUCGUUGAGAGUAACGUGUUUCAAUUUAGCUGUAUAUUUAUUAUGGUUUGGUUGGCAUUAAGUUUACACUUUCACCAAGUGAUUUUCUAUCUCUCUUUCAGUAUGUGUGUGAGUGCCUGUGUGGUUUAGUUUCUUUACUUGACCGUCUCCUUAACCUUGAGUGAGAAUGUGUGCGAGUGUAAGCGAGAGAGCGUCUAGAUUUUGUGCACCCUGUUGUAUCCAACUUUGGUCAGUAUUUGGUUGUGGCUUUUCAGACCUUAUUGCUUUUAAAGCUGUACAUUUAUUUGGUGAAUGUAUGUUUUUUCCAACACUCUGAUACUUCUUGUUUUAUUUUUCCUUCCCCAAACUGAUAUCGUCCUGUAAAUACUAAAUUGUAAUACCAUCCUGCUUACACAUGGGGUCACCAGACACUCAAAAAGAAUUGCACCAUGCUGUCUACUAUUGACUAAAGUCACCAUCAGUGGUCUUAUUAUCAAUAAAUAUACAGAAUAACA